AGGGACGUGACCUGAAAGUAAAGGACACCGAAAGCCGCUGCAUUAUCAAGGAUCUCUGCUCACUAAGAGGUUAGCAAGGAGCAUGGAGAAGCAAGUUGAGGUUCGAAUGGAUGAGUGUCCCUUUGAAGACCCAGCUCCUCCUCCAGGCCCAGUAUGUGGAGGUCUCUGUAAUAAAUUCAUGAAGAACUUGCUUCUGGCACUCACAAUUCUUGGUGUGAUUGUAGGCUCAGUGGCUGGUGUCCUUUUGCGUUUUUCGUCUCCACUUCACCCAGAUGUUAUCAUGAUCAUUGCAUUUCCCGGUGAUAUUCUCAUGAGAAUGUUGAAGAUGGUGAUUUUGCCUCUGAUCAUCUCCAGUUUAAUCACAGGUCUGGCAGGUUUGGAUGCCAAAUCUAGCAGCCGUCUCGGCACCAGGGCCAUGGUGUAUUACAUGUCCACCACCAUCAUUGCUGCAGUGCUAGGGGUGCUUCUGGUGCUGGCUAUCCAUCCAGGCCACCCCAAACUAAAAACACAAUUGGGAGAAGGCAAGAAGAAUGAGGAUGUGUCCUCACUGGAUGCCUUUUUUGACCUUGUCAGAAAUCUCUUUCCAGAGAACCUAGUACAGGCUUGCUUUCAGCAGAUCCAGACGGUUACAAGUAAGGUAGAGGUCGAAAAACCUCAUCAUCUACAUCGGUUUGGACGAAAUAGCACCAAGUGGGCAACAAAAUAUGUUAUGAAGAAAUCUCUUCAAUUCAAGAGUGGCAUGAAUGUGUUAGGGCUCAUUGGUUUCUUUGUGGCUUUUGGAAUCUGCAUGGGAAAGAUGGGGGAGAAAGCCAAGCUGAUGAUGGACUUCUUUAACGUUCUCAAUGAAAUCGUCAUGCGGCUUGUUGGCAUGAUUAUGUGGUAUUCCCCAGUGGGAAUUGCAUGCCUGAUCUGUGGAAAGAUCAUAUCUAUUAAUGACCUGGAGGGGGUGGCCAAGCAGUUGGGGAUGUACAUGCUCACAGUCAUUGUGGGUCUCAUCAUCCAUGGUGGAAUCAUCCUCCCACUGAUAUAUUUUCUCAUUGUUAGAAAAAACCCUUUUACAUUUUUUAUGGGAGUAUUUCAAGCUUGGGUGACUGCAUUAGGAACAGCCUCCAGUGCUGGUACGCUGCCUGUUACGUUCCGUUGCCUGGAGGAAAACUUGGGCAUUGAUAAAAGGGUUACUCGAUUUGUGCUUCCUGUUGGUGCGACAAUCAACAUGGAUGGCACAGCACUUUAUGAGGCAGUUGCAGCCAUUUUCAUUGCACAGAUGAAUGGAAUAAAACUUGAUCCUGGUCAAAUCAUUACUGUCAGCCUGACAGCUACUCUGGCUAGUGUGGGAGCUGCUAGUAUACCCAGCGCUGGCCUUGUCACCAUGCUGCUCAUCCUCACAGCUGUGGGACUGCCCACCCAAGACAUCAGCUUACUGGUUGCUGUGGACUGGCUUCUGGAUCGCUUCCGAACAUCAGUCAAUGUUAUUGGAGACUCUUUUGGAGCAGGCAUCGUAUACCACCUCACAAAGGAGGAGCUCAACAUGUUUGAUGCCCAGCAGACCAGAACAGAUGACUUUGAGAUGACCAAAUCACAACCCUUUUAUGAGAAUAACACAAACCACGGUGUAUAUGCAUCAUACAACUCCUGCCCACAAGUGCUAAUAGAUGACUGCAAGGUCAACUUGACCCCAAAUGGCUCCCCUGCUGUCUUUUCUGUUAUUGAGGAGGAACCUUGGAAACAAGAAUAACACAGCACAAAGAUCCAGCUUUGCCUUAUCUCAAGUCCUACAAGCUUGUUAUUCUGGGCAGGGGGAAAAAAAACAAUUGAAUGAAUGCAGACUUUACAUUUAUGAUAAUUACCAAAAGCAUCAAACAGCGAUUUGCAUGUAUUAUACUAACACAUACAAUAUAUGAUCAGCUCCUCUCUAACUGGCUGACUUGGAUUAAAGUUUGGCCACCAUUCUGCGGUUAGGAAGCAAGUAAGGUCCAAACCUGCUUAUUGCUGGGAACUUGAGUAAGGCCCCAUGAUCCCUAAAUUUUGACUAGAAAUCUAACGAUUGGGGAAACAUGAAUCCAUGAACAAAUGGCAGUGAUUGGAAAAUCAUUAUUUUCUAUAUUUAUGGCAGUGUGUGAAGAUUCAAUUCCAGGUCAGGUUUAGGGGGUAAUUUAAAUGUUUUGUUCAAAAUAACAUCCAUGGUGUGUCUAGAAAAUGAUUUCCUUAUCAUCGGGGGCCAAGACCGCCCAAGAGCAAGCAGGACCCCAUCUACUACCCUCAAUAUUUCUUUUGUUUUUGUUAAUCAGAAAUUAAUAUGUAGCUAAAAAUGCUAGGGCUCACUGCUAGUGAAAAGAUAUGAAAGUAUACAUAAUAUACAAUUACUGUAUUUGCCCUCAAUAACUUGGCUUAGAUGGAUUAAGGCUUGGUGGCAGCACUCGAGAUCAGCCUGUUACCGUAAGAGCUAUCCCAACCCCCCACCAUC